CCCAAUCAGAAUUCAGACUCUGCCUAUCCUGAGUAGAAUAAUGUUUGCCUAGCAACACUCUCUCAUUGGCUUGAAAUGACUAGAUGCUGGGAAAAUGAAACUAAACAGAAUGUAAGGUGCAGCACAUUGGGCGCUGCUUCAGCUCUCUCAGUGACAACAUGGAACAACAAUUAACAGAUCUGUGCAACCACACUAAAAAAGUAGUAAUGGCUCAAGGAAGAGGAAGGAUUCUGAAGAUGCUGUUCCUGUUGAUACUCUGUCUGCAAGACUUCACUGGUCAAUGCCAAGUUUCAGGCCAGCCCUCUGACCUGAGGAUAGUUCUGCUGGGAAAGACUGGAGCAGGGAAGAGUGCAACAGGAAACACCAUCCUGGGGAGAGUAUUGUUUAACGUGGAGGCUUCUCCAGUGUCUGUGACUGCACAGAGUGAAAAACAGAGUGGAAUGGUGGAUGGGAGGAAGAUUGAUGUCAUCGACACCCCGGGACUCUAUGACACUAACAUGUCUCCAGAAGAGAUGACAAGUGAAAUAGUCAGGUGUAUAGAAAUGUCAGUCCCAGGACCUCACGCCUUCCUGCUGGUGAUCAGACUGGGGAGGUUCACAGAGGAGGAGAGGAACACUGUGAAGUGGAUCCAGGAGAACUUUGGAGAAGAAGCUUCAAUGUACACCAUCUUGCUGUUCACACAUGGAGAUCAACUGAAGGGCAAAUCAGUGGAGGAGUUUUUGGCUGAGAGCAAAGAGCUACAGAAACUCAUCAAUAUCUGUGGGGGCAGAUAUCACUCCCUAAACAAUGACAAGAGAAGAGACAACACUCAGGUCCCAGAGCUGCUGAAGAAGAUAGAGGAGAUGGUGAAGAGGAAUGGAGGACAACACUACACCAACGAGAUGUACCAGGAGGCCCAGAGGAAGAUCAACGAGGAAAAGGAGAGGAGGAGACAGGAAGAGGAGGAGAUAAAGAGAGAGAGGAGACAGGAGGAGGAAGAAAGCAGAAGAAGAGAAGAGAAAUUGACUGAAUGCAAGUGGUCAGCGCUUGUCAGUACGGCUGCAUUGGGGUUUGGAGCCGUGUACGGCUCUCCGUUGUCGUUAGCAGCAGGGGCUGCAGCAGCCGCUUGGAAAGGUUAUGAAUGCAUGGGAACCUAUUUCAAAUCAGGUUCCACCUCAAAAGAGAAGAAGGAAUAAGAUUUCCACAUCCACCAUCUCAGAUUGUUUAGAAAUUAAGAUUUGCAUUUUACAUUUACAUUUUAGUCAU